AUGAAGAGGCAAAACGUGAGGACCCUCGCCCUGAUCAUCUGCACCUUCACCUAUCUGAUAGUCGGCGCCGCGAUCUUCGACGCGCUGGAAUCCCGGGAGGAGACGACCCAGAGGACCGACCAGGACCUGAAUAAAGCGAAGCUCCUGGAGACCUUCAACCUGUCCCCGGAGGACUUUGAGAAGCUGGAGAAGGUGGUGCUGGACCUGAAGCCGCACAAAGCCGGGGUGCAGUGGGAAUUUGCCGGCUCGUUUUACUUCGCCAUAACUGUGAUCACCACCAUAGGAUAUGGCCAUGCAGCCCCCAGCACAUAUGGAGGGAAGGUGUUCUGCAUGCUUUACGCCCUCCUGGGCAUCCCUCUCACCUUGGUCAUGUUCCAGAGCGUGGGCGAGCGUAUCAACACCUUCGUCAGGUACCUGCUCCACCGCCUGAAGAAGUGCCUUGGCAUGAGGCGCACUGAGGUCUCCAUGGUCAACAUGGUGAUCAUCGGCUUCAUAUCCUGCAUGAGCACGCUGUGGGUGGGGGCACUGGCCUUCUCAUACUUUGAGGGAUGGAGCUUAUUUCACGCGUUCUACUACUGCUUCAUCACGCUCACCACCAUCGGCUUCGGGGACUACGUAGCGCUGCAGAGUAAGCAAGCUCUGCAGAACAAUCCGGAGUACGUGGCCUUCAGCUUCAUCUACAUCCUGACGGGCCUGGCUGUGAUCGGAGCCUUCCUCAACUUAGCAGUGCUGCGGUUCAUGACCAUGAACGCCGAGGACGAGAAGAGGGACGCCGAGCAGAGGGCUCUCCUGGCGCACAACGGUCAGGCGGGCGGACACAUCCACUGUUCUGCAGACCAGGCCUCCUCCUCCUCCACGCCUUCUGGCUGCAGCGGAGGGAAUGCUGUCGGAGGUAGUGGGGGAGGGGCGGCAAGCCGGGGUCUACGUAACGUUUAUGCUGAAGUGCUCCACUUUCAGUCUAUGUGCUCCUGCCUUUGGUACAAGAGUAGAGAGAAGAUGCAAUACUCCAUACCCAUGAUCAUCCCACGUGACCUCUCCAGCUCGGACACCUACAUGGAGCAAGGAGAGUCUUUUUCCAAUCCGCUGCACUCUAACGGCUGCAUGUGCGGCCUGCAACACAACUCGGGCAUCAGCUCUGUUUCCACUGGUCUACACAGCAUCAACAACUACAGAAGGCUCAAUAAACGCAGAAGCUCCAUCUAAACCUGGAGCAUGUUGUGCUUUCUGGUCAAGUCCCACUGAGGGACCCUUAUACUGUGGUAAUGAACUAGCUGUGGACAUCACAGAGACACAACUCCAGUCCUGAAGAGAUGUUUGCUUCUUUCUGGCAUUGGUCACCAGCCUGAUGCUGCAGCUAGUAUUUAACCUCCAUUAGCGAAGCACAAACCAUGUAGGACAAACAUCAUUCCUGAAAUAAUGCUAAUAGUUGUUUAAGAAGCUUUCGUGACACAAACUCUGGAACUGUUGUGAAAUAAAAUGUGCAUCUUUCUCUGCACCUUUGAAUUCUAAUAUUAACGAUCAUAAUAUUGAUUUCAGUAUUUUUUCUUUGUUCAUAACAUAGACUUUCAUGUUCUAAUAUGAAAAGGGACAAGGUACACUGUGAGACAUGUUUUUAACAGGGAUUGUGCAUUAUGUCCUGAAAUGAAGAAAUAUUUUAUUGAAUACUCUUAAAUACACUUUUUCCAAAAGGAGUCUCUGGUUGUAAGUAUUAUACUCACUGCAGUGAAAUGAAAUGUUGUAUAUAUUUGGACACUUCACUAGUUCUGUCGGUGUUAUCGAAGGGAAGCUUAUUUUUUCAGUGAAAGAUUUAAAACAUAUUCUCAGUGUCUUCUCCUGUGUGUCUUCUUUCCCCCCCACAAGAAAACACAUAUUGAGGGCAUUUAAAUGACCGAUGGAGAGUGAAGGAUGGGACACUUUGUCGUUGUUGUGGGAAUCAAACCUGUGACAAUGUCGCCAACCGCUCGGGCCUCCCUGCCGACCCUUUCAGACCUCAUCACUAUGAAUCAGUUUCGCAUAGUGUCUUCCUGUACAUCAAACUAUGUUAUGUACCUGUUGCUCACCAUAUGUUUUCAUAUAGCACAACUAUAUUCUGACGUAGAGAGUCGUAUCUUAUUCACUGCUGCACCUUAGAAGACAACUGUAUAUGCUUUUGGGCAUUCAGCGCACUAUUUUAUUUUUUUAUUUAAUGGAAUCACAUCAUGUUUUGAUAUGUAAAUGUUACACUCUAAAUCAUUCUUUCUUGUGUUAUCAGUUUUCAAUGUUUGACUCGAUACUCUGUGUUAUUAUUGAUUGAGAAUAAUUAACCUCACUUAUAAUGGCCUCAGAGUUUGCACCUCAUGCACUUCGGGGAUCUUUGCUUCAGCCCCACCUAAACAAACUUGAUUCAGCCAAAUGAGGUCUUUAUGCAGUGUUCAUGUGUGUCCUCGUUUGGGUCCUUUUAUUGCAUAAUCAUUAUCAUUUCUUUUUUUCAUAUUAAUUUCAGUCACAUUGUCAGCUUUUCUUUUUAUACUGGAACAGUCUUAUCAACAUUGAUAUCUGUGUUAAUCCCUCCUGAACUGAAAGAGGGACUGCGUUUGGCGCUGUGUGUGGCUAUACAUUUACCAUAUGUUUUUUUUCUUCAGUCAUAA